AUUAUUAAUAAUAACGAACAGAUUAGAAUUAACAGAGAGGUAAAUUUGCAGUUAAAGGAAGCUAUCUUCAAAACCCAAAAGGCCAUCAGCUUGUUUAAUUCAGGUUCCAUUGAAAUGUAUUGCACUAGAAUAUUGUUCCACUUGAACUACUUAAUCGAAAAACUAAAUCAGAUUAUAGAAACUAUCACUUUGGCAAAGUUAGGAUUGUUGAAUGAAAAGGUCCUUAGUCAACAGGAAAUUGAAAUUUUGAUUACGGAUUUAAACAAACAAAAUGUAACGGGUAACACAGUUUUAGAAGCUAUAUCCUACACAACAACAUCAAUAGUCUCAAACAAACUAGAAAUUGCACUUAUCAUCAAGUUGCCGAAACUGGACCAGAGGAUCUUCAACAAGGUGCACAUAUAUCCCAUUGUGCUAGACCGGAAGCAGAUUCAUGUACCCCACCCACUCUAUCUCAUUCACGAAAAGGAGGUUUACCAGGUAAAAUCUAUUGAACCAACUAUAUACGACCAAAGGGAAGUUUAUCCAGAUAACUCUACAUGCCUACCACGUUUACUAAGAGGCAAUCCCGCAACUUGUAAUUUUACGGUGAAUCCACUCAUCGAACAAGUCAUCUAUCUUGAUGAUCAACACCUGCUAAUCAAUUCAGCAGCAAAUUUUACAUUAUCAUCAAAUUGUGGAAUUACCGACAGAAAUCUGUCUGGAUCAUUCGUUAUCUACUUUGAUAACUGUUAUCUAAGCAUCAACGAUGUUGCAUACCACAAGAGAACACAGAAUCUGCCGGGCAAUCCUAUGCGACUACCAUUGGACGGCAUUGAAGUAAGUAAACACAGAGAAGUUCUCAACAUCAGCUUGAAACAUCUUCACAAAUUGCAUAUGGAAACCAGAGAGGAACUGGACAUCAUUCGCUUAUCGGCCAAAAGUUUAAGUUGGCCACAUUGGACACUGUUUCAGGAGACGAUCCUUUAAGAUUGAGUUCAACGAGAAAUCUAGGAACAUCUCAAAUGAAACGAACAGUCAACAUCAUAACAUCUUUCGAAAAC